AUGGAUGCGCCCGUGUUCGCUAUCAGCUGCACCAUAUUCAUCAUCAGCCUGGUCGCAGUUGGGCUACGUUUCCAUUCCAGGCGGUUGACGAACGGUGUUGGAUGGGACGAUGGGUUUAUCCUCAUUGCUGUUGUUCUAGAGAUUGCAUUAUUUGCAGUCUCUGUCUACUUAUGGAAUGGAGGAUACUAUCUUGUUUCUCCAGACCGAAUUGACAGGAGUAUUCUCUGUGUCCUCCUUGUUUUCGAAUCCCUCUAUUUGUCCUCUAUGGGCUUCACAAAACUCAGCGCCAUAUAUUUAUACAUGAGAAUAUUCAUCCACAAAUCGUUCCGAGUACUCUGCCUGGUCGUCGGCUCUAUCAUAGUACUAUUGUAUAUAUCAGUAUAUGUACAACUUUUCACCCUUUCGGAGGUCGCGGCAGACCUCUGGGGAAACCCAGUAUUCGGUCACGUUUUGGAUAAUAAGAAGGUUGACAUUGGGAAUGCAGUUUUCAAUGUGAUUACGAAUGCCAUUGUCCUCAUUCUACCCAUACGGCCUAUCUGGACGCUGAAGAUGAGGGUUAGGUCUAAGAUAAAUUUAACAAUACUCUUUGGCCUGGGACUCUGCGUCACUGUGGUCUCCUGCAUUCGAAUAGCUGCUCUGCUACGUGCAGACAAGUAUAUAACGGCUACAGUCGUUUCCUACGGCAGUCGUGAUAUGCACCUUCGUGUUCUCGAACCUGAAUUGGCCAUCUUCUCGCUUUGCCUUCCGGUUCUACGCCCAUUCUGGCUCAAAGUGCGACAGAGCUACGGCUAUGUUACGGAGCAGUUUCGCAGCGGCUGCCAGUGUAGUAAACUGGCCCCGAGCAAGGCAUAUGACGAGGAAGGUCUAUUAGAUUGGGGGCCAAUUUCCAACACUGUUACCAGAAUCAGUGCCAGUACACCGACACUGCCAGUAGCUGAUAUAGGCCUGUACGAUAUACUUAAACAAAAGCCGAGGUCUAUAUUCUCUAGAAACCCAGUGCAAUUACCGGAGCCUGCAGUUAUUAAAGUAGAAAGAACUUAG